AUGUCCUCCAGGAGCACUUCACAAGGCUGGAGAUGGAGCAGCUCAGGAGAAGACCAUCACACCCAACUCCAGCUAAACUCAGACCACACCACACAGAGACUGACAGCCCUCACACAGCAAGUCAAACGAUUACAGACAGAGAAGGACAGCUAUCAGAAAGAGCUGGCCACUCUGAGACUCCAGCUACAGGACAGAGAGCAUCUCACAUCUCACAUCUCAGGAGAGAGAGCAGCAGCACAGUGUGCUAGAUUAGGGUUGGAGCUAAACUCUGAAGAAGAGUGGCCCUUGAAAGCCAGUUUUGAAAUUGCCUAUUCUGUUUAUAUUUAUACAGCAGAGGAAUUGCUGCAGGAGUCAAGCAUAUCACGGCCUCUUGAAGUUGCUUCGCAGCUCCUCGUAGAAGAGCCCCAGUGUUCAGACUCUGCAUCAAAGAGCUAUCGCACAAAAGUCUUGCAAAGACUACAAGAAAUUGUUGAGAACCAGCAAGACAUCCUUGCCAUGCAAAGGCAGUUACUGGCUGCAGUAGCUGUGACCAUGACAGAGGAAGAUGGGUUUUUUUCUGUAAAAUGGGCCAUGCCAAACAGUGGAGGAUCUGCAGACCCUUGACAGGGAUUUGGAAAAUAAAGACAAAAGGGCC